AUGGAUCCGAAGACAGCGGUCGGAGUUCCACAGUUUCUGCAGAUGAUGGGCGUCGCUGUCUUCAUCUUUGCAGCAUAUGCCAUAUGGCCCGUAAUACAGCGCAAAUGGUAUCUUGCAAAGUUUCCCAGUAUGAACGAAUAUGGAACGGGCGAGAAGUAUCGGCAAACGUAUCUCUCAUCAGCAAGAGAGAUUUAUGAAAAGGGAUAUACCAAAUUCAAGAACUCUUGUUACGCACUCAUGAACGAACAAGGUAUACCUACCGUCGUCAUUCCUGCAAGCCUCCUGCCAGAACUACGAAAACUUCCCGAAGACGUUCUCAGCCGCAGAGAGGCUAUAUCCCAACUAAUGGAGAUUGAUCACACACGCAUGGACCCUGGUAGCCCGACUCCCACCAAUUCUGUCAAAGCUGAUCUUACGCCAGCGCUAGCCCGGCUGAACCUGACCAUCUGCAAUGAGGUUGAUGAUGGACUAAAAGAACUAAUGCCGCCAUGCAAAGACUGGACCGAAGUCAAGAUCUUCGACACACUAACCCUCCUCAUCGCAAAGGUCUCCGGUCGUGUCUUCGUCGGUCCAGAAGUGUGUCAAGAUCCCGAAUACAUUGAUACCGCAGCCAAUUACACAUUAGAAUUCAUGAACGCCGUCCAUUCCGUCAAGGCAUUACGACCGUGGCUAAAGCCCUACCUGGGUCCGCGCACACCAGAAGUCAAGAAGCUCCGCCAACGCGAGAAGCUCGCUGAAAAGAUACUAAGACCCCUCAUCGAAGACAGAAUCCACAGAAAGGCCAACGACCCUAGCUGGAAGGAGCCAGAUGACUUGGUCCAGUGGAUGCUUAACAGGAGAAACGAACAGGAAUCCGUCAAAGACCUUGUCCAGUAUCAACUCACCAUGAUAUUCGCUGCAAUCCACACAACAACUGCAACCGCCACUAGCAUCUUGUACACCCUCGCUGUCACACCACAAUACAUCGAGCCCCUCCGCGAGGAAAUACGCAGCGUCCUGCCCGCCGACGGCGCCAUCACGUUCCGCGCACUACAGCAAAUGGAAAAACUCGACAGCUACAUCAAAGAAGUCAUGCGCGUUUCCCCCGCGUUCCUCACAUCCUUCGUCCGCUAUGCAAAACAAGGCUUCACACUAAGUACCGGCGCAUACAUACCCGCAGGCGUCUACAUCGAAGCCCCCGCCUUUUCCAUCUACAACGACGCGCAGUUUUACGCAUCCCCAGAAAACUUCGACGGGUUCAGGUCGUAUAGGAUAAGGAGGGAGAGUGGGAAAGCGCAGGAUAUUGCGCGGAACCAGAGUGUUACGAGUAAUGAGACGAAUUUGAAUUUUGGGUAUGGGAGACAUGCGUGUCCUGGUAGGUUUUUUGCUGUGAAUGAGAUUAAGAUGGUUAUGGCGCGUGUGUUGUUGCAGUAUAAUGUUAAGAUGCCGGGGGGGAAGAUGGAUAUGUAUUCUCCGGUUGAGUGGGGUACGCAUAGUAAUCCGGAUGCAAGCAAGACGCUUUUGUUCAGGAAGGUUGAAGUCUAG